AGUCGACGGACACGCCUCCGUUCCCGACUCCGACUCGCUCCCCCAAUCCGACCGGACCAGAGAUUAGGGUUCGCCGCCGCCGUUUAUAGGUCCAGUCCACCCCGCCGCCGCAUCCUCCAGCGAAGCAUAGAGGGGCAGGGUUGCCUGAGUUCGCGUCAACCUUCAGGAUUUCCCGGCGCGGAGGACCGCCGAUGGCAGGUGGGGACGGUUCGCUCCGGCGGUGCACCGCCAAAAGCGUGGCGGCGGCCGCCGGACCGCAGGGCAGUUCGCUGGCGAGGUGCUCCACCAAGAGGAAGGCGAAGAAGGAGGAGGGGGCCUCGUCUGGGCGGGUGCUGCGCCCGCGUUCCACCGGAAGGAAGGCUAAGGAGGAUAAGGAGAAGGCGGCGGCGGCGGUUAAAAAUCGGCUGUCGGCGAAGGAGAUCCGGUGGAUCCUGGCGCAGAAGCCGAGGCCUCCGCCGCCGCGUUACCAGGCCAUAAAGCGCGAGAACCCGGAGCUGACGCCGCGGCCGGGGGAGGAGGGAGACGAGCGUAAGAUGAGGCUCUACAUCCUGGCCAGGGCGUUCUACGAUCUGGAGGAGAGCGUGCCCAGGCUGCAGGAGCGGGUGCGCAGCGAGCUGGAGAACAAGGGGUACGUCGAGGUCAACGACGAGUAUCACAAGCGCAAGGCCGAGAAGCAGGCGCUGAUCGACCGCGAAUGGCCCGAAAUCGAAGCCAAGGUCAAAGCCAUCCGCCUCUCGCAAGGCUGCUGCGAUGGGAGCCAAAGCAACUCCGAGGAGGAAGAGGAAGAGGAGGACGAGUAGAUGAUCUGGAUCCUAUGAAUAAUGAGUACUACAUGUAAUUAACUGAACAUUUAUCUAUCUACCUAUAAUUCUAUAUCUAUCUAUAUAUUUAUCUAUCUACUCCGGACGUGUAAUAAAGAGGUGGAAGUGGUUUUGACAAGAAAAUGCAUACUUGGUUUGGUUGGCUGUUUAA